AUGUUGGCGUUGCAUCUGCCUGAAAGAGACGCGCAUGCGGAAGCACAGGCCGCGCAUAUGCUCACCAAUAAACAUGGAGAACAUUUCAUGGUGUUCGAGGUGAGCGGCGGUGAUGGCGCCGGUGGUGUCGGUGCAGCUCGCAAUGUGUUCGGCCGCGCCCGCUCCCUCGGCUGGGCAGGCGACCUCGCACCGCCACUAGAACGACUCUGUGCAGCUUGCAAACACAUUGAAAGCUGGCUCGCUGCUCACCCCAAGAACGUUGCUAUAUUAUUAGCAUGGGGCAACAGAGAGCGUCUCGGCGUGUUAGUGGCGGCUUACAUGCACUACUCGGCGAUAUGUGGUGCGCCGGAGCAUGCGCUCGACAGAUACGCCAUGAGGCGGUACUUGGAUGAUAGAGUGCCAGUCUUCCAACUACCCAGCAAUAAACGCUACAUCGAUACAUUCGCUGGUCUACUAGCGGGUCAGAUCCGAGUGAACGCAGCUCCGUUACAUCUCACCCACGUCAGUGUGGCAGGAUCACUCGCCUCGCCUGCCACACCCACCAUCGCCUUCCUCAAGAUAUACGAGAACUUCGUCUGUGUUUACACGUCAGGUCUCUACAUGGUGAACGGCGGAGGUUGGACAGUUGGAGUAGGAAGGCUGGCACUGCGCGGUGACGUGGUGGUGCGCGCGUACAGACGGUCUGCGCACGCGUCGGCGCGCAGCUCGCAGCGCCACCUGGUGUUCGCGUGUCAGUUCCACACGUGCGCAGUCGCAGACCACACGCUCUCCUUCACCAAGCAGCAGCUCGAUCAUGCCGUGCACGAUCCCUCGUUCCCGAGUGAUGGUGCGGUUGAGCUGGUGUUCUUGCGCGGCGAGGGCGGGGGCGGGGCGGCACCGGCGCCGACGCCCGCGGCUCCACUGCGCGCGGCGCCGGACGCGCUCGCUCGCGCAGACUCACUCGAACAUCUGCGACCGCUGUCCACACUCACUGAUGAUGAUCCAGGUGAAAACAACGGCAGCGCAGAAGGAUCUGGUUCGGGAGGUGAAGCGGGUGACGGGAACGAGGCAGCGCACACAUUCGGUCCCCUCGACGGGUCCAUCUACGCGACUGUGGUCCGUGCGGGCGGUGGUGGGCCUUCCUCACCGCUCAGCGCAUCCAUGGACUCGGGCAUCUCUUCAGCGGGGCGGCGCGCCGCGCCCAGCCCGCCUGACGAGCUCGAUGCGCUGCUGGGCGACAUGCUGCGCACGGUGAGCGCUCUGCCCGACCCACCGCCGGCGUCGCACACGCCGCAGCCGCAGUCGCACGCCGACCGACCACCCGACAUACCGUACCACGCGCGCGCAGACUCUGCGCCCUUCACAUACGGAGCGCCCGGCUUGCGCCCAGGCAUGUUGCGCGCACCCAACCGCCUCGCCAGCCCCGAGCUAGUGAGACGAGCUCUCGGUGGUGACCGCAACUACCGGCCCAUAGAGGAUGACGAUGAUGAACGCACGGUCACCCCCGAGCCACCAUCACCUCGCACCCCGCUGUCUCCACGCACACUCAAGAAACUAACACACGAAGAAGUCACCACCACCACCGCGGCAGCUCCACCACCAGCAUCUCCCAUAAGGAAUGGAAGAUGGUUGAAUGGUGAAGUAGAAUGGGCGGAACGGCCUGCAAGCGCCGCUACAGUACGGAAGACACCGCCCGAAAAUGGAACGUGGCGAUCAGCGAGUACCCUGGGCUGGCACGAGAGUUCUCGAGCUCGAGAGCCACGCCGCUCUGAGAGCAGUGUCGAAGGAAGCUCAGGGCUCACGUGGUUACAACGACAGCAACAGAAACUAAGAGAGAGGAAGGAGGCCAGGGAGAGAGUCGCUCGACUACCGCUCGAGUGGGAUACUACUUCUUCCCGACAUGUGCGCCGCUCCGCCAGCCAUCGAGUGGAUGGCUACACAAGUGAUACGACUGCAUUCGCUGAUGAUGACGAGGACUUCAGCGUGCCCCUUCACGUCAACACGCGCACCCCUCUCAGGACUGAUCACACCAGUCCACAAGCUCCAGACAGAACCUCAUCUAGAAAGUUUAUGUACGAAAAGAUGACGAUGCGCGAGUGGAGUACGACAAGCACACCAAAUAGUACUCCCGCGCCUGGAUUACUGUCGUUAGCGGAGCCUUCUAACAAUGAUACUGUUGACCGCGUUGAGAGUUGGUCCCGCGCGGAGUCCCGCACGGAGUCCCGAGCAGGCACUCCGGCGUUCCCCACUCACCCGCGCACCCCCUACCCUCCGACGCCGACGCCCUCACUGUCUGCUCGCCCUCCACGCUCGCCCUCCGUGACCAGGUACAAUAUGUUUGACCUGGAGGACAUGAGAAAAGAACGUGAAAUAAGUCCUGAAUCGGAGUACCGCAUCUACAAUGGCAGCAGUGGGUCUCGUCGCUCCAGCGUCAGUGGGACCGCAGAACCUCAACACGUUGCUCCAGACCGAGUGAGGUUUGCGAGAGAUACCAGUCACUAUUGGUACAAGCCUAACAUCUCCAGAGAUGAUGCGGUAUCAGCGUUACUGCUACUGGAAGAGGGAGCCUUCAUAGUGCGUGAUUCCAACUCGUUCCCGGGAGCAUUCGGUUUAGCAGUGCGAGCGGGAGGCGCGGGAGGAGUGAGGCACUUCCUCAUUGAGCCUACAGCUCGAGGUGUACGUUUGCGAGGCUGUCCUGAUGAACCAGUCUUCAGUUCACUCUCUGCACUGGUGUACCAACAUACUGUGACGCCACUAGCUCUGCCUGUGCCACUACGAUUACCUGAUAGGGAUCCGUGGACUGGUGGCAGUGCGAAUGCAGCCGCUAGAGCGCUCCUAGCGACCGGCGCAGCGUGCCACGUGUUAUUGCUCGGAUCUGAGAAUACUGAAGCUUUGACUGGACCCGCUGCCGUCAAGAGGGCUGUCACCAAUAUCCUUAAUAAGAAGGCUCCAGCACAUGUAGUGCACUUCAAAGUAUUCGGCGGUGGUAUCACACUAACGGACGCAGCUCGCAAGCUGUUCUUCAGAAGACACUACCCUGCCACCGGCGUCUCAUACGCGGGACUCGAUCCUGAUGAGAGGAGAUACACACACACAGACAACAAUACACAGUUGGAAAAACGAAUAUUCGCUUUCGUGGCUCGUGCGUCAUCGAGUGCUGACAACCAAUGCCACGUGUUCGCGGAACUGGAGCCCGAACAACCAGCUACGGCUAUUGUUAACUUUGUUAACAAGGCUCUGUUGGGAAGCUCACAGAAAAAGGACAUCAUCUAA